AAGUUCCGGUUUCCGGUGUAAACAAACGCAAGAUUGUGAUUGAUAAAAAAAAAAAAAAAGGACUCCAAGAAAUAGAAGUGGUUCCAGAACCAUGCCUUUAGAGAACCAUGCCUUUAGAGAACCAUGCCUUUAGAGAACCAUGCCUUUAGAGAACCAUGCCUUUAGAGAACCAUGCCUUUAGAGAUCUUGGACUCAGCAUAUACAAAUUCUGAUGAUUCACAACCACUAGUCCUUUAUUGAGCUACCAUCUCUUUUGAGGAGGAGGGGGCACACCUGUAUCAUCUUGACGUAGAUUUUAUAUAACACCAGAAGGCUUCGGUAUUACCAGGGAAUCAUGUAGAUGUAGAAAGAACUCAUCACCUGCCAUCAAAUGUGUGAUUUCUGACAUGGAGAGGCAGCAGACAAAUGAACAGGCCUUUUGUUCCAUUUUAUCCAAACAGGUGGGCCUGAUGUCUGGAAGUUAGGUACUAGAUUUUGGGAGAGAUUUGGUGUGGAGUUGAACUCGUCUUGUUAGCAUUACAACAUUUCAUAGAAUUUCACGAAAGUCAAACAAAGUCUAGAGGAUCUGAGACUGAGACAACUAUCAACUACAUGUAUAUAUAUCCUAUGAGUCCAUAACAGAAGACAUGAAGUUUUAUAUACAUACAGAGGAUCCACCAUUUACGAUGGUUGUGAAAUGGAAUGACGGUGAUGACCGAUGUCUGCAGAAUCUCAUAGAUAUUUUCCUGAGCAAUUUUAAGCGUAAAUAUCCUGAGGAAGAGGGAAGAGUUGAGAAAUCAACGUUGGAGAUGUGGAAAGGGAGAAAGUCGAUAAAUUUAUCCGGGACAGUUUUGCAAACUAUAAAGAAUAUGGAUGACAUAUACGUAAAGUGGAAAACUCAGUCACAUGGUAAUACAGAACAGAAAACCUCACUUGAAAUACUUCAACCACCCUGUGUGGAGAAAUCAACAAACACGGUCGAUUCAUCUGAAAAGAAUCACCUUUCAGAGUCAAAAGAUUCGUCCUACUCAGUUCGAGACUUCCUGGAAUUGGCUGCAUCCUUGUCUUCCAAAUGCCAGCUUCAACAUGCUAUUGUUUUAUACAAAGACAUCCUUCACAAGGAGCCUAAAAAUCAAAUGGCACUUGUUGGCAUUGCUGAUUGCUAUCUACUGGCUGGUAGACCCACUGAUGCACUGAAGUAUUUGAAACCAGCACAGAAUGUAAAUGACACAGCUUUUAAACUUGGACAGUGCUAUGUGAAGAUGGGUGAGCAUGAUAAAGCAGUGGAGACAUUGAUUGGUUACAGCAAGGAGUUAAGGAACAAAGGAGGGACCACAGCAUCUCAUAAACAGGAUGUCCAGGUAUUGCUAGCAAAAGCAUACAUUGGGAAGAAGCAAACAGACAUGGCUUUGGUACUUUUACAGGGGGUACUACGGGAAAACAAGGAGCACGUGGAUGCAUUGGCAGAGUAUGCUCCCCUGAUUUAUCCCCUUGGUUCUAAAUAUAGGGAAGAGGCCAUGACCAUCAUGUUGACAGUGCUGAUCAACAAAGGAGAUGAUAAUGAUGUGAAAGAGAAAUUUGCUUAUUUAUGUCAACAAGAACAUGGAAUGGAAGUGCUGAAGAGCAUGGCAGGCGCUGCUUGGAAGGAUGUCCCUGCUGUGGUGUUUCUGGCAACAAGUCUCAGAGACGUGGGAGCCAUUGAGCAGGCUGAAGCACUACUGAAGCAUGCUUACAUGUUGCAGCCGGAAAAUCCCCAUACCUUGUUAACCUAUAUUCAUACAUUGGAGCUAGUAGAGAAACAUACAGAUGCUGUCCAAGAAGUAGUGACCUACAUAAAACGAUGGCCAGAAAAAGAAAUAGGGAUGUUCAAGAUUGGCACUCUCUUGCCUAUCAUGACUCACUUCCAUGGUGAAGUACACCUUAAUGUUCCAGAUGUGGAUCUACCAAGUACUGUGAAUCCAGUUUCCAUGGGAACCACAUCCAAGCCUUACUCAGAGGACAUGAACUACCUGUUGGCCAUUCUGUUUACUCUGGUCAAGAUCCUGUAUAUCAAAGGAGCACUGGCAUUCAUCAGGCCUAUUACAAAUUGUUUAGAUUCGCUGACAAAGGGACAUGAACUCCAUAAGACAAAUGUAAGAAAUGAGGCAGCCUACUUCUCAUGCAUAAACCAGGUAAACAAGUUGCAGACAGUGAGAGGUGAGGUGAACCAUGUGGUGCCCUGUGAACAGUAUGUGUACUUUAUAGGAGACAGCCAUUGUGUACCUCCAGCAUGGCAGUGUAUCCAAAUCAAGGGAGAGGAUAAGAUUAUUCAUCCUAUCUUGUCCACUGGAACAAAAAUCUGGCAUCUAAGAGACGAGAGCACAUUUUAUCCCAAGUACAACUUCAAUUCAGCAAUAAGCAAGAUUCCGGAUGGUGCCACAACAGUCUUCUGUUUUGGAGAAAUAGAUUGUAGAGAAGCUCUUUUAUUGUGUGUGGAAAAGGGAAAAUAUGAUAGUUUGGAGGAAGGAAUGGACCGAGUGAUAGAAAUCUACAUUAGUCUGCUGGCCAGGCUACAGAAUCUCCAUGGCUGGGAUGUCUAUGUACAUCCCGUGUUACCUCUGCUUGAUCUCACCAGGUCUGUGGUGAUGCAGUUUAACCAGAGACUGAUAGGCAGAUUAUUGUCUCAGACCAGUCUAAAAUGGCUGGACUUUGUGGACAAUUUGUUGACCAAGGAGAGUGGAGAACUUAAGUUAAAGAAACAAUAUGAGUUUGAUGGAACACAUGCUCAUCCACGUUACCUGAAACAUCUACAGCAAUCCCUGCAAAAUUUGGCGUGACACUUCGGAUGACACCCCAAAAACAUUAAACUCAUAGACAUUUUCUCUGGACCGGGUAUUGAAAAAAAAAAAAUUCCCAAUUAGGAAUCCUUGCAUUCAGAGUGUUUUAUCAAUUUUAAAGUGCAAUGGGCAUUCUUUUGAUGUCUUUUUAAAAAUGGUUGUGCCAUAUAUACAUUUUUAUCUCAGCAAGAAGUAUUACCGGUACUUGUACAAGUAUUUUGCUUUAAAGGAAUAUCAUAUUUUACAUAUCAUAUUGCAUGUACUGUAAGUACAAGGUAUAUUUAGACUAGAAAUACAUUUAGUGUGUUAGUAAAUUCUUGUACUUUGGUCUGAUCAAAGUCUAUCAUAUGUCUGUUUGUCUGUAUAUUCUUACAUCAGUUGAUCUCUCAUAUUUUUUAUCUCUUCGAUGAAUCUACUUGACCAAUUUCAACCAAAUUAUGCAUGAAGUGUCUUUGGCUAAGGACUGGUGAAGGUUUAGACUUCCUUCCAGGAAGAGAUAAGUCAGAUAUUAUAAAGGGGGGAAUCAUUCAUAAAUCUAAUCUCUAGAAUCAUAAGGUUAGAAAUUAUGUAAUAGCUUCCUUGUGUGAGCACGAUUUAAGUUUUUAAAGCCUGAUGGAGGCCACAAUAGGACAUCUGAGUUUACACAAAACAACCCUUACCUAAAAGUGUAUGUUCUUGUAAAUGUUCAGAAAGAAUGAAGCUAUGUCAAGUUGCUGUGCUACAAGGCUAAGUUUGGGGACACAAUGGGGAACCAGACUUUGUACAGGAAUAUGCCCAUGAACAUAUGAAGACAAAUUUCUUUACUUAAAAGUUAAAGUCAAAGUAAUGUGCAAACAUUUUCAUAUAAUUUUUAACUUGGUUUGUUCAAGCCAUUGUCCUGAUAGGAACCAAGAUGGGGUCGUUGUAACUGGUGUCUACUUGGGUGUGGAGCAGUAUGUUCCUCACCUCCGUGACCUGAGUUUGGGUCGUUCUAACUGGUGUCUACUUGUGUUCCUCACCUCCUUGACCUGGGUUUGGGUCGUUGUAACUGGUGUCUACUUGGGUGUGGAGCGGUAUGUUCCUCACCUCCGUGACCUGGGUUUGGUCGUUGUUCUCAGCAGUGGGUGUGAUCUGUAAGAGGGUAUGAUGGCCACCCAAUCAGACAUGUAUUUUCCUCUGGGUUCCUCCCACACCACUGGUCCCUCGUGUCAAUUACAAUUGUGUGAAACCAGACUAAGUCUUCCAUUGGAAAUAAGCUCUUGCUCAAGAUUUCAUAUUCAGGAGUAAAGCUGUAAUUUGUCAAAGUAGUACGCAAGUAAAUUCAUAAAUUGUGCACCCAUUAUCUUUAAACCAUUGCCUGGCAGGAUGGGGCCAAAAUUAGCUAGUCCAAAUUUCAAACAAGUAAGAAUCAUUUUUCAAAAAUUCUUAUUAAAAAGCAACAUGCAUAGCUUCAAUUUCUGAAAAUCAUAUGGAAGCAUCUCUCCCCGAGUGCAGCUAAGUUCUAGUUUUCUACAUCAUUGCUUUCAAUGCUUGCAAUGUUGACCGGCCUCAACCAUUAUAAUUAAAUAGGUCUGUAGUUUACAAACUCCACUUCUCAGUAAGAGUAAAUUUACUCAGGUGAGUGUUGUGGUCCAUGUCUUCCACAUCAUCAAAACAAGAUCAUUUUAGUUUAUUUUAUGUUUAUUUUAAAGUGUGUAUGUCUGAAGUAUGUGUAGGAUUCAUAUUGUGUGAUAGCUGCAGUUGUGUGCUAAUUUAUUAAGAUAUGUGAUAUACUGGUCUUAUAACUACAGGCAACAAUUAAUUUACUAAUGAUUUAAUGAGUUUAUAUUGAACAUAUCUUUUUAAGUCUUUGGUGAUAUUUCAUUGAAUAAAGCAAUCGGUGAAUCCAU